GCUGAAGAUGAUUGCGAUCCUGGCCAGUUCAACCACCUCACUUCCAAAAGGCGCUGAGCCGGCCUCCUCUUCUGUCACAUUGUGCCCGCCGAUUUUCACUACUUAGGAAGGCUGCAAUUGGCACCUGGCAGCUGAAUUAGUCAAUUACAGAACUGGAGGGAGUCGUUGCGGAACCGCGCCGGCGUCCCCGGGUUUAAACGCAGUCAAAAUCAACAGCCCGAUGCGAAUCAAGCGCGACGCCCGUUCCCACUGAGCAUCGAGAUCGCUCUUCUUCCCGGGUCAUCAGCUGGCCAUGGCGCAAGUCUUAUUUGACCUCGUAUCCUCCAUCGGGAGCUGUCUGAACUGCUUCCCCAGUUCGCCGACUCUCAAGAUCAACAGCCGGAGCUUCAAGAUCCUGCGCCUGCUGGGCGAGGGCGGCUUCUCGUACGUCUACCUCGUGCAGGACACGGCGACGUCAGAGCUGUUCGCGCUCAAGAAGAUCCGCUGCCCGUUCGGGGCCGAGUCGGUCGCGCAGGCGAUGAAGGAGGUCGAGGCGUACAAGCUGUUCGCGCACAGCCCGGGGAUCAUCCACAGCGUCGACUACGCCAUCGCCACCGAGCGCGGCGGCGGCGAGGAGAGCAAGACGGUCUACGUGCUGCUGCCCUACUACCGCCGCGGCAACCUGCAGGACAUGAUCAACGCGAACCUGGUCAACCACACCGCCUUCCCCGAGAAGAGGCUGAUGCAGCUGUUCCUGGGCGUGUGCAGGGCGCUGCGGGAUAUGCAUCACUACAGGGGCCCGGGCGCCGGUGCGGGCGCGGGCGCCGGCCCGGAGAGGAUGGAGAUGCGGGUUGACGGCGUGGACGAGAAUGUGCGGCACGCCAAGGGGCGACCCGGCGCGGACGAGGACGACGAGACGGAGCAGCAGCGGCCGCUGAUGACCGAGGACGAGAGGCUACCGCCUGCUGCUCCGGGGACCGUGCGGAGUUAUGCGCAUCGGGAUAUCAAGCCAGCAAACAUCAUGAUCUCCGACUCGGGCGCGGAGCCGAUCAUCAUGGACCUCGGCUCGAUCGCGGUGUCGCCGCUGCCCAUCACCAGCCGCUCGCUGGCCAUCGCCACGCAGGACACGGCGGCCGAGCACAGCACGAUGCCGUACCGCGCGCCCGAGCUGUUCGACGUCAAGACGGGCACCGUCAUCGACACCAAGGUCGACAUCUGGUCGCUCGGCUGCACCCUGUACGCCUGCCUCGUCGGCAAGUCGCCGUUCGAGAUGCGCAGCGACGAGACGGGCGGCUCCCUCAGCAUCUGCGUGCUCUCGGGCGACUGGCGCUUCCCGGACGAGGGGCCCGGCGGCGCCAAGGACAAGGCAAAGGCCAAGGCCAAGGCCAAGGCGCCCGCCGCCGCCGCCGGUGGUUCGUCGAGUAGUGCCGCCGUCAGGCCGGGGGCGGAUGACGGGCCGGUCAUCAGCGAGCCGAUUCGCGAGGUGGUCCGGAGGUGUCUGAAGGUCGAGCCGAGCGAGCGGCCGGAUAUAGACGAGCUGAUUGAGUUGGUGGAGCGCGUGGUUGACGAGUUGCCUGAAGAUGGGUCGACUUGAAGGGUGGAUUGAAUUCUUUUGGUCUCUUCUGGAUGUGUGUUUCCCUAUGUCUGGGUUUUGGAAGGCUUUGAUCUUGGUGGGCGUUGGGCAGCAGGUCAACAAGAGGUGGGCCAUUUCAGCGGAUUUCUGUUCUUGUAUCAUGAUUCGAGGCGGCGGCGGCGGCCGGACGAUCGGCUC